AUGUUGAAGGGCAUGCUCCGCGAGUUCCCCAAAUGUUACUGGAUCUGGAAUCACAGAAGAUGGUGCCUUGAGGACUUGAGUAAGGACCAUAUUGCUGACUGGAAGUAUGAGUUGGGGCUUGUUCUGAAGGUGCUUGAAAUGGAUUCCAGAAACUUUCAUGGAUGGCACUAUAGAAGAUACGUUGUUUGGUCCAUUGAAAGAGAACUUCUGGAAGCACAGGGAGAUGCAAAGAAAUUGCAAAUGUCUAGUUUGAAAUUGUAUCUCGCUGAGUACGUCUAUGCUACAAGCAAGAUCAAGAAGAACAUAUCUAACUUCAGUGCAUGGCACAGUAGAUCCAAGCUCAUUCCCAAAAUCAUGAUUUUAACAAGUGGUGUCAACGAUAUGGGCGAUCUAGGCGAGUAUGCAGAAACAGUGCAAUUGUUUAAGAGCCCACUCAAAUUGCUAAAUUAUGAACUAGACUUGGUGAAAACCGGUAUGUUCAUGGAUGCUGCAGAUACCUCCGUUUGGUUGUUUAUGCGCUGGCUACUCACAGAUGAUAUUUUUGUCAAUGAGCUAAAAAAAUCUUCAGGAGAUACCUACUUGCAGAUUCUUGAACAGCAGCUCUCUAAUGUGACCGAGCUCAACGAGCUAGAGAAGGAGGACAGCCCAUUGCAACACGACAAUGUCGGCUGUGUGAAAAUGAUCGUAUUUAUCCGUGCUUUGAUUAACAAACAGCGCGAAAAGGCACUUCUUGAUAAAGAGGUUAUUGAGUCUCUCAACCUACUUACUGAACUAGAUCCUUUGAGAAAAGGGCAUUAUCUCGACCAGAUCAAUGGCUUGUCUCCCUUGACUUGUUGA